AUGCGGAAGCCGAGUCCCAGUAUUCCAAGCCCUCAGUUGCCCUCUGGUGCUCCGAUGACUCCGCAGCAUGAACCAUUUUUUGGGCCUGGACCAAUGGGGCCCGGACCCAUGGGUCCUGGACAUGGCCCAGGUCCUGGUGGACCUCCUCCACAUGGUCCUCCGGUACCACAUCCAGGGGGACCUCCUGGCCCCCAGAUGAUGCCACCAUUCAUGCGAAGACACACUCCCACCUACAUUCAGCCAGAUCAUAAAAUAUAUGAACUCAACAAGAGGCUACAGCAGAGGACUGAGGACAGUGACAAUUUGUGGUGGGAUGCAUUUGCAACUGAAUUUUUUGAGGAUGAUGCAACACUCACCCUCACUUUUUGUCUGGAGGAUGGACCCAAGCGCUACACAAUCGGUAGGACAUUGAUCCCCCGUUACUUCCGCAGCAUAUUUGAGGGAGGCGUGACAGAGCUUUAUUAUCAUCUCCGACAUCCAAAGGAAUCAUUCCAUAACACCACCAUCACACUUGACUGUGAUCACUGCACAAUGGUCACUCAUCAUGGCAAGAACAUGCUCUUCACCAAGGUGUGCACCGAGGGACGCAUGAUCUUGGAGUUCACGUUUGAUGAUCUGAUGCGCAUACGCAGUUGGCACAUGGCGAUCCGCAAUCAUCGGGAGUUCAUUCCCAGGUCCAUGCUGGCCUUGCCAUCGCACAGUGGUGGACCACCGGGACCAGAUCCGGCUCUCUUGGAGCAACUGUCCAAGAACAUCACCCGACAGGGACUCACGAAUACGACGCUCAACUAUCUCAGGCUGUGUGUCAUUCUGGAGCCGAUGCAGGAGUUGAUGUGUCGACAUAAGGCAUACUCUCUGUCACCCAGAGAUUGCCUCAAGACAACUUUAUUCCAGAAGUGGCAGCGCAUGGUUGCUCCACCAGAGACUCAGAGACCGGCCAACAAGAGACGAAAGAGGAAAGGCUCUUCUUCUGGCAACAGUGGCAUGAAUCCAUCUCCAGCUGGUGGCAUGGGCAAGAAGAAGUCACCUGGUCCUCCAAAUUUUUCUCUGGCAUCACAGGACGUUAUGGUUGUGGGGGAGCCAUCACUCAUGGGUGGUGAAUUUGGAGACGAGGACGAGCGUCUCAUCACUCGCUUGGAAAAUGCACAGUUUGAGGCAGCAAAUGGUUUGGAGGAAGCUGGUUUUGAUUCUCCGAUGACUUCAGGUAGUCCAUGGCAUGGUGGUGGUGAUAGGACUGGACAUGGCCCGCCCAUGGGAGCCGUGACACCAACCUCAGCAGGUCCCAUGUCCGGGCCUCACGAGCCGGACAUCAAGAAAUCUCCUUCAUUGACACAGUGA